GUUGUGUUGGUAGAACGUUUGCCUUGCGCGAUCUUGCAAAUGAUCUCUGUCCCAGCAGGCAAUGCACAGACCACGGCAAGCGUACGUAGUGUUAACAGGCUAGGACAAGCUAGCAACGGGGCUUUUGUGCUUUUCAAAACAUUCAAGGAAUAAAACCUAUAGUUUAUGCAAAAGAAGUCAAAGAAACAGCCUACGUGUCAUCAGCAGGAUUAGGGAUGGAGUUCCCUGUGGACGUGUUGGGAUCAGUGAGACAUGAGGAGGAGGAGCAGGCAGCAGAGAGCUACAUGACCCAGCUACGAUACGUCAGCCCCGACAAGGCCGAGAGCUUUACCCUGCCCAGCCACAGAAUGAUCUGUAUCAGUCUGUGUAAUGUUGGUUUUGUUCCCAUCUAUGGAGGAGAACUGAAGCAUAAGAUUCUGGCCCUGUUCGCCCCAGAGGACCAGCUCACAGCGGUAGCUUUGUUUCUGGCGGGUCAGUGGUGGUCUGUCGAGGACAUCCUCAGAACCUCCGACCCCUCCAGAACUGGCCUCCUCAAGGUGAGGAGUCUUGGUGAGCGGAUCGUCCUGUACAUUCUGAACCGCAUCGUGUACCGCGUGGGUGAGAUGGACAAACCUGAGGUGCCCUUCCUGUGCCACGGACAGAACCACUUUGCCAAGCUCCUUUGGAAGGAUGGACACGCAGUCGGUUUCUACUCUGUCAAACCCAAAGAUAGCUUGUGUAAUGGCUUUGUGACCCAACGCUACCAGCUGCCUGUCAUGGAUUCCAUCUUUGUCAGGAAGUGUCAUCGUGGAAACGGUCAUGGUCUGCAGAUGCUGGAGGACUUUGUGGACUCUUUCAAAGAUGACCAGCUCGGCCUGAAGUACCCUCUCUCUCUAACCAUGUAUAAAGUGUGUGGCCAGUAUCUGUGUCGGUACCCAGCUGACCAGGACCUGCUGUGGGUGGUAGAGGGAAUGGGAGGACCCUACCAGAGAGAGAGAGUGGCCAACAAGAUCAAAGCACUGAAAGUGGUGCUCCCCGUGGUGACGGCUAAUGGAGAUCACCAAGCAGCCUCUCUGGACAGCACAGACGUCAACAUGGAAGAGGGCUCAGACAACUGUCUGGACAUCACCGAGGAUGUUUUGGUGCUGAAUAAGCCCCUCAAGUUUAUAGAAGCCCUGGCAGGCACACCAGUGUCAACACAUACCUGGAGUAGUGGACAUAAAAAGCGUGGCAGAGAAGAGAUGGAAGACUCUGAGGAGGAGAGCCAGCCUCUGAAGAUGAACAGAUUGGAGGAGGCAGAGCCCACCACUACAGCUGUAGAGGGAGAGGAGGAGGAAGGAAGUGGGGGGGGUGAGACAGAGUCUGGAGAAGCAGAUGCUGCUCUGUCCCCUAUAGAGGAGGCCACAGCUCAGGAGGCUGAGGUCAAAGGAGACCUGACGGAUGACCAGGGAGAGGAGGAAGAGGUUGCCACACAGGAGCCUGAUACUGUGCUAGAGAACAGAACGACAGAGGAAGAUGUGGAAAUGGAGGAGGAGGAUACGAAGGAGGAAGACUCCAUUGAGGCUAAAGACACCGUAGAUGCAGCUCCUGUGGCAUCAGAGGAAUUGGCUGAGACGGUAGCUGUGGUGAAGGAGGCUCCUCUCCUGUUAGAAGAAGCAGCCUCUGCUACAGAGAAGGCCCCUUCGCCUGCAGAGCCAGCCCCAGCAGAGCCCUCCCUCUCUGUGGAGGUGAUUGAGGAGGCAGGGGGCGAACCUCCAGAGGAGGCCGCAGCUACACCCAUGGAAGAAGAGGGGGUAGAGGGAGAAAAGGAGGGGGAGGAGAAAUCCAUGGAGGCGGCCAUCACAGUGGACAGCAGUAGCCAGGAAGUGGUCCAGGUGGCGGUAGCAGACCUGUCCUACCAGCUUCCGGAGGAAGGAGAGAAUCAGCCUCUCACAGAGGAAGAAGAAGAGGAGGAGGCAAGAGAAGAGGUCAAAGAGGACAAAAAGAAAGAGUUAGAAGAGAUGGAGAAUGUUACAACCACAGAGGAUGAGAAAGAGGAGGGAGAGAGUGAGAGCUCAGACGAGGGUGGUGACGGUAAGGUCCUUUGGAGGAGAGGCAGUGGCCAAGCGGCGGCGCCUAAACAUAAAUCUAAGAGACUGAGCAGAGUGGUCAUGGAGCCCGAGGAGCAGGGCACAGAGCAGCCGGAGGUCACGGAGGAGGAAGAGGAGGAGAAAGCUAGAACGACAGAGGAGGAAGAGGGGGCUGUAGAGAAGAGCUUGGCUGAGGAAGAGGUGGAGGAAGAGGAGCAUCCACCAGUGAUUGACCAGAGAGCAUUGAGGAGGAAGAGCCGACAGGUCCAGGCUCCAAAGAAAGCCAAAGGGAAACGACGCAGCAAGAUCUAAACACAGCAGCCGUUGCAUAUAUAAAAACACACAAAACACAUGUUUAGAGGUGUGCAGUAAGGGAUGUUUUCUACCUGGUUUUAGGGUUUGUAAGGCGUCUAAAGUUAACAUGUAUUAUCUCUGUACGAUGUUGUUUAGAUGUUUACUUUAGGUCGUUUUAUGAAAGGUUUAAGUACAUGAGUACUCAAUACUCGCUGUUGCAAUAAGUCAAUGUGAAGUCUUUAAUGUCCAGAUGUGUUUUUAUUCUUCUUUUUAUUGCCUUGUUCUUUCAGUACUGACUGAGAUUGAGUUUCACAGGCCUGAUGUGGUAGUUUGAAGGUGAUUUUCAUUCUCUAGCUCAGUUAAAUUUUCUCCUAUAGCCUGGUCCUACACUGAGUCUGUGGUUGUUACAUUUAUACUAUUUACAGUAUUUCAAUAGUUUGGGUUGAAAUGCACCUCUUAGUUUGGAGUUCUUGCUGGAGUUAUUUGAUAAAAAAGUCAUUGAAGUUUUGUUCCAAUGAAAGCCAGCGGACCCAGUUGCUCUUGAAGACCAGGUUUUGCUACACCCCCUGUUUUAUGACGACCAGUCACUUGUAUUAAGGAAUGAAAUCUUCCAAAAAUACCUGGAGUUUUCUCUGUUGCACACCACCUAGCUGUCUUCUCUCUUCAGAUGCGCUGAAAUACUUUUUAUUUAGGAAAAAGCUGUGAAUGAACGUCAAUUAUAAUAUGUAAGUUGCACGGCACAGACGCACACAUGCUCAUUGAUAUAUAAACGUGUAUACACACAAAUAUAGUAUUCUGUGAAUAUACCCAGUAACUGAAAUUUGAAUAGGAAAAAUAGAUUUGGUUAUUAUUGUUCUUGCCCAAGUAUAAUUCAAGAUUAUAAUUAAUACUUUAUCUUAUAUCUAAUAGCAUGUUUAAUUGCAGGUGUAUUGAUUUAAGGGUAAAAUAUGUAUAUUACAGUAAGUAGAUGAUAGCAGAAGUGAAAGUGACUAUAUAUACCAGUGAUAUUUUUGUUAUAUACACUGUUGUAUAAUGGCACAACAUUCACUAUUUAGAAACAAAAAUUUGCUACACAAGUUGAGCUAUUUCCGCGUGAAUUUGAUGCUGUCAUUGGUCGGUUCACUGGUAGAGGGUACAUUGAGCCAAAGAUGUGAUGCAGAGUCUGUCAGUGGGCUAUUUAUGUUCCAUGGAUAUGGGUUAAUAUAUAGACCCUACACCUGGGUCCUAUUCACUAAGCACCAAACGAAAGAAAACCUUAAACAGGGAGGGACCACCUGAAACUGGUUUUAGUUUUUCUUUGCAAAACGUUUUGCUACCGUGUGUAGUAAUGAAUAUGACCUGUGUUGAGGGAUUGGAUGGCAUUCCCCAGUGUUUGAGAUGGUUCUAGACAGUUGCAUUGACAGUAAAGGUGCUUUCCUCUGUAUGGAAGGAAACCUGUUAUAGAUUUGGCAGAUCAUGUCAAUGCAACUGUUGGAUGUUAUCCAUAGAAUUACUAAUUUACUAUAAUAGGGAUUCCCCUUUCUAAAAGGUAUAUUUCUGUGAUGUAAACCUCCUUGAUGUCAGAAUGACAAACUCUUUCCCAGAUGGUGAUUUUGGUGGAUGAGUUGGGUGUCUCCCUACUACCCAAUAUCAGUAAAGCUCCCACUAUUUAACCAUUGUUAGUCUAUUGCCUGUAUACCAUAUUUUUUUUAAAGGCAAAGUAUUUCUCUAUUAGUAUGACUGCUGUUUGUUAGCUAUAGCUGUGUCCAGGCAGGUCAUGUAAAAGACUAAAAAGAAGCUACAUCGUAAAACACCUGGUGGAUCUCAAUAGUCUACAGGGGUUUUGUCUCCUUAGCUCUCCUUCACCUGCACUGAUCUGAGAACUAGAGAGAAGUUAAAGCAAUAUGGCAGAAACCUACCUGGGGAUUUUCCACUUCCAGAUCAGUGAAGGAGACGAGGAGAGGAUGCCACUGUUGAGAUGCACCCCAUUUAUUGAUUGUGGAAAACCAGUUUCAACCACUACUACACUUGUGGGUUGAUGCCUUUACGUAUGUUGCUAUCAUCCACCUGCUAAUACUCUGACCCCGGUCCCCCAAAAUGUGAAUAAAGGCUUAGUCUUAACUCUGAUGUACGGAAUGUUACACAGCCAUGUUAGUUCUGGUUGUUUUCAGUUUGAAUGUGUUCUGGAUAUAAGGCAACAGCGGAGGGAGCCAGAGGAGGAGUCAUUGAGCUGCAUUUAGUUUAGUAUGGCCUGUACUGCCGUUUUCAGAUUCAGGUUGAUCAUAGAAGUCCUCUUGGUGGUGCUCAUAUCCUGCUUUACUUGGCUGCUGUGGUUCCCACUGUCUUCUGUGUCUAGGGUGGUUUUAUACAGACUUCCUAGAUAUCUACAGGACUGGGUUUGUGCUGGCUUACCCCAGGGCUGUGUUCAGUGGGGUGCAGUGUUACAGAAAGUUAAGAUGGAAAGAGAUUCUGUUAGCUGGGUACAAGACACUCCUGUCUGCAAUGUUCAGAAUGUGGCACCUUCCUGAACGUACCCUAAUACUCUAAAUGUUAUUUACCUCAUUCACAACCAAUAGCCAGAAUAUGGCAGGCUUUAGUCUGUCUGUUCCAAAUGGCAAAUGAUUCCCUAUAUAGUCCAAUAUAACCUUUAUUUAACUAGGCAAGUCAGUUAAGAACAAAUCUUAUUUAGAAUGAUGGCCUACCCCGGCCUUACCCUAACCUGGACGACACUGGGCAAAAUGAGCAACGCCAUAUGGAACUCCCAAUCACAGCUGGUUGGGAUACAGCCUGGAAUCGAACCAGGGUCUAUAGUGAUGCCUCUAGCACUGAUAGGCAGUGCCUUAGACCGCUGCGCCAAUCAAAUAAAUAAAUAGUGCGCUAUAAAGGGAACUGGGUGCCAUCUAGGAUACACUUACGUUUGUUCUGUUGAAUGUUUUCAGUGAUCAGUUUGUGGUUGGAGAGAUGGACAGUUUGUGUUGACACCAAUGUAAGUCACAUCUGCUAUGGGAAUGGUUUCAUUUCAGGGACUGAUUCGGUUUUUAAAAAAUCAAUUCAGGAGAAGAAUCUAAAUGAAAUGAAUGAAUUGAGUGUUUACUUUCCUAUGAAUUCAAAAAGAAAAAUGUGUGCCUUUUUUUUUACGAUCCUGCCUGUGUUAGGGACCUUGUUCUCCGUGUUGAGCUUUAUCUUUAACUAAUAAGUAGGAUUUCAAAUCACCUGAAUUCACUGAGUUAUAGUAGAUUUAAACUAAUUCCUGCAUCUUGUCACUUCGACAUAAUCUGCCUCUUGUGAUGUUACUGGACAUUUACUAUUGGUUUGUCAGCUGUUUUAGUAUGGACUACUGUAUCUGAUUAUUAAUAUCUUACUGAACGUCUUUCAACCUAUGAAUUCCUUGUAGUUAAUAAACAAUUUUUUUUUCUGGAA